CCGAGUCUGCAAAUUGCAUAGCCAUCAUCUCUCUCCUCUUCUCUCACUCUCCCUCCCUCCCCUCUGUGUCAAGAAAUGGACAUCGAGAAACCCGUUAAAACCCACCUCAGGAUAUGAAUAUCUUUUCAUUCCUUUAUUCUGUUCUCAUUUCCCCCCAGCAAAAUCCCCUUUCCUGAGAAACUAUUAAAUAUCACUCCCUUCUUCUUCCCCAUAACCACUAACAAGUUCUAGCUGUGCCACUUUCAAACUCAUUCUUAUUGUUCUCUCUCUCUCUCUCUCUCUCUCUCUCUCUCUCAAGCACACACAGACACGCACACUCUCAUCUCUUGAAAGAUGGAUAAACCACGCCGCCACAAGCAAGCCAGGACCAGCAGUUGUUGCUCCGACGAGGUAAGCAGCAUUGAGUGGGAGUUCAUAAACAUGUCAGAGCAAGAAGAAGACCUUAUUUACAGAAUGUACAAGCUCGUUGGUGACAGGUGGGCGUUGAUUGCGGGCCGGAUUCCGGGUCGGAAAGCAGAGGAAAUUGAGAGAUUUUGGAUCAUGAGACAUGGAGAGGUGUUUGCUGAGAAGAGGAGACAGCUGAGAAGACACAAGUCCUGAUGUUAAAUGCCAAAUUCCUUUUAAAAUAUCAGCUUUCUAGAUUUUUUUCUCCCUGCUCGAUCCUCUGUUAUUCAUUUUUUGGGGCGUGCUAAAUCCGUAACUUCUCUCCUUUUUCUAGGAUUAGAUCGGAUUAAAUUAGAUUAGAUUAGAUUAGAUUAGAUUAGAUAUGCAAAAUGUCACAACGUUUUUGGGGGUUGGAUGAAACUAAAAGUACCUAUAGCUGUGACAUACCCAUUUGGCUUAAUUAUUAAUGAGACGGAACAUUUGGGCUC